AUGCCGAGCUCCUGCAAAGAAAUAAGAGCCGCCCUGGCGCAGUGCCUCCAGGAGUCCGAGUGCGUGAUGGUCCAGCGACACACGGCGGCGGAGUGCCUGCGGUCGCCGCUGGCCGAGACGCUGCCGACCAAGUGCCAGCAGCUCAAGAAGGGCUUUGGCGAGUGCCGGCGCGGCAUGAUCGACAUGCGCAAGCGCUUCCGCGGCAACCAGCCCGUCACCUUCAAGCACCUCGAGGACAGCGAGUCCGGCGCCGGCUACCAGCUGUACGCGGGCAAGCCGGCGUUUGCGGGCUCGCGCGGCGAGACGAGCGGCAACGAGACGGCGCCGCAGGACUGGCGCGAGGCCGAGAACGAAAAGUACCGCAAGGAGCUGGAGACGAAGAGAUAA